AUGGAGAAACAAAAUGAAAAGGAGAAGAGUAAAAAGAAGAGAAAAGAAAAAGAGAUACAAAAUGAGACCAUGCAAAAAAGAUGGACGAGAGCACAAAUGAAGACAAGGAUAAGAAUUGAAAAUUGUAAUAUUUUGAAAAUGACUGCAAGUAUGGUUGAUGGACAAGUUUCAAUGGUUGAUUCUAUAAAACAGCAGUGUGGAUCUUGUUUAACAAAAUCAAGUAUGGACCACCACAAAAAAGAUCAAGGAAUUUGUUUCGUGAACCCAGUUGUGAUCUCGCCAAGUAAACGUGAAGGGAAAUCGAAGAAUAUUGAUGAUGCAAGUAGAAGUGUUGCAGAUUGCCUGUCUAUAAGAAACGACAAUGACAUCAUCUUAUUGCCCUAUAAUAUCGGAAGACAUUGGGUGUUUCCUGUGCUAGACAUGAAAUUGGCUACUUGCUAUUAUCUUGAUUCCAUGAGGCAAUGGUUCUACACGCUACCCGAAGUGGAUCCAGCAAGAGGUUACACUAAACUAGUAUCCAGUUCAGCCAGGAAGUACUAA